UAAUGCUUUAGAAAGCUCAUACCCGGAAGCAGUCGUUCCGUCGAGUGAUUUGUGUCAGAAGGCGGUUGUGUGGACUGCAGAGGAGGAAGAAGGUGGCCGACUGAUUGCAGAUUUCUGGGUUUUUUAAAGUAUAUCUCAGCUUUAUCGGCGGGAGAAGUGAGGAAGAGUCGGGCUGGUGUUGGUGUAUGGUUAUUUCUUGUUGGCGAGCUUUGGUCUGGAAGUUGCUGAUGAUGAAGCCCAAAGUGGUUUUUGUCCUCGGUGGGCCAGGAGCCGGGAAAGGGACCCAGUGCGUCAAAAUCGUCAAGAAAUAUGGAUACACUCACUUGUCUGCUGGUGAUCUACUUCGUGCUGAACGAGGCAAAGAAGCCACUCAGUAUGGAGAACUGAUUGACAGUUACAUUAAAGAUGGAAAAAUUGUCCCAGUGGAAAUAACUAUUAGCCUCAUUAAAAGGGCAAUGGAUGAGACAAUGGCACAAGAUGCCAUGAAGAACAAGUUUCUCAUUGAUGGAUUUCCGAGAAAUACGGACAACCUUGAAGGCUGGAACAAGAAAAUGGAUAAAGAUGCUGAUGUGAAAUUUGUCCUUUUCUUCGAUUGUAGCAAUGAGAUCUGUAUAGAGCGUUGCCUUGAAAGAGGAAAAGGUAGUGGAAGAACAGAUGACAACAUCAUGAGUCUGGAGAAAAGAAUUCAGACAUAUAUGCAGUCCACUAAACCCAUUAUAGAACUAUAUGAGAAAGAAGGCAAAGUAAGAAGAGUUGAUGGAGCCAAAACUGUUGAUGAGGUUUUUGUUGAUGUCCAGAAAAUCUUUGAUGCUGAAAACUGAAUUGGCUGCUCUUGAAGUUGGAAAAAUCAGAUGCUUCUAGUUUGCUGGAAUAGCUAUUAUAUUCCACCAUUUUUCUUUAUUUUACAAUACUAUAUUUUCUUCAACAGAAACCCUUGAAUGGGUACAAAUAUCUUUCCAUUAGUGUAUUAUUUGCUAUUACUUUUGUAUGAAAGCAUUCUUUGUCAAGUGUAUCGAGGAAAGGCUACUUUUUUUUAAUCCUGCUUCCAGUCCUAUCUAGUUCAUUUGUAGAAUAGAAUUAUUCAUGUAAAACAUAAUUUGCCUAAGGGUGUAUAUCCAAACUCUCACUCGCGAGGUACAGUGAGUUAUGACUGUUUCAUACCAAAUAAUCAUAUUUAAAACAGUUGGUGCACAAAUGGGUAUUAUUUAUCAACCCCCAUGCACAUGACCCUGGUUUGAUUUUUAGAUGCCCGACUUAUUCCAUACUUGUAAAUCUGAAUGCAAUUUCAUAGAACUUGAAGGAACGCAAAAAGUGAAGUACUGUAUUUAGGAAAGUUGUUCAUGAAUAUUUAAUAUUUCUUGUGUGGUGGAAAAAUUAAAUUGGGAAAAGUAGUCUCUGAAAACGUGUUUGUUGUCCUUGGGUUUAUCUAUUUAUGUACUUUUUAAAAAAAAAAGUCUAUUUCAAGGAAUUAAAUUUACCUUAAUAGUAUAUGAUAGCUAAAUGUUGCUGGGUCAAAAUCCUAGAACUCUAUCUAACAGCACUAUGUGAGUGCCUUCACCACAUGGACUGUAGCAGUUCAAGAAAGAGACUUAUCACCCCCUUCUCAAGAGCAAUUAGGGUUGAACAAUAAAGACUGGCCUUGUCGGCAGUGCCCUCAUCCUGCGAAUGAAUUUUUAAGAACUUCAAAGCAUGUAAAUUUUGUAUGUACACUACAGUACUGUGUCCUGUAAGAUGAAUAUGUUUUAGGGAAAAUGGUUGAAUCUGGAAUAGAUGGCCGGAAAACCAGUGCAGAAAGAUUUUAUUUUGUUGCUGAACAAUUUGAAAGCCUGAAGUAACAAUUUCUUUGCUACUCACUAGUCAGUGCUCAGAUGCACCAGUUAGAUAUGUGUAAGUACACAGUAGGAUCAGAUGUUAUUUUGCACUAUAUUUAUGUUGCAAUAUUUGUGUACAGGAGGACUCUGGAGGAUAUUUUCUUAAAUUUCUGUCAAAUACUGUGCUUGUGCAAAGAAUAAAUUUGUAAAUGCUGGAAAUCCAGAGCAGGUCAAUUAGCACCUGUAAGAACCAUAGAACAGUACAGCACAGAAAAACAGGCCAUUCGGCCCUUCUAGUCUGUGCCGAAAUAUUAUUCCGCUGGUUCCAUUGACCUGCACCCAGUCCAUAACCCUCCAGAACUUUCCCAUCCAUGUAUCUAUCCAUUUUAUUCUUAAAACUUAAGAGUGAGCCCGCAUUUACCACGUCAGAUGGCAGCUCGUUCCACACUCCCACCACUCUCUGAGUGAAGAAGUUCCCCCUAAAUCUUUCCCCUUUCACCCUAAAGCCAUGUCCCUCGUGUUUAUCUCUCCUAAUCUAAAUGAGAAAAAGUUAACAUUUUUAGCUGUCCACCAUUUGUCAGAACAUUCCAUUGAAGGAUCUAGACCUGAAAUAUUAACUUGUCUUUGCCCUUUACAGAUGCUGAACGACAUGCUCUGUAUUUGGAGCAUGUUUAUUUGAUUUUAUUCUUGUGCUUGGAAAUAUCAUGAUAAGUUGUUUACUAUGAUUGUAAUUCGAAUCUUUCCUAUCUAAACUCACUGAGCUGGAAUUCUGAGCAUUGAAUUCUGAGAAGCUUAAGUCCGAUUGUUAAAGGAGAGACCAUACCAGAGUAUCUUUUUUCAAUUUUUUGAUUGUAAGAGAUUCUGUUUUGUUAAUAGUUGGUCAUCUUUUUGCUAUAUAUCUUAAUCAAAAUCAUACCUUGUCCUGUCUUGUAUUUAAUAGACAUGUUGUGCCAUAGGCCAGGAUUUUUUGGCCCCGCUGCAGCGUGUCUCCCCCAGCAGAUGCGGCAAGCCAUUUAAAUCUCCAUUCAGUUCAGUGAGACCAUAAUAUCCUGCAGAAGGGGCUAUAAAAUCCUGCCCAUGAUAAAAGUGGAUAUGUUGCUUCGUUACAGAUGAAGAUGGAGUAAGCAUUGUUACAAAUUAAGAAGGAAGUUUCAUGGCGUAUAGCAAACAUAUACCUUAAAGUUCCAGCCCGUGGGAAAAGUGCAUAUAAUUUGUAUUUUACACAUUGGCUGGAUACUUUCCAUAGAAUUUAGUCUGACGUUUGAUACUCUUGAGUAAUUAAUUUAACUUGAAUUCGGGUCCAUUUGCUUAUGUAAUAACAGUCCAAAUAAAAACAAUUAAAGAAAUUGGCUACCUA